UAGGUUAGUUUACCGGUAUUUAUUAGCAGUAGUAGCAGUCAAGUCUUUCGAUUUUCUUUCUCCUUCUUUUGUUAAAUAUAAUAAUUUUCUUUUCAUUUUAAAAGAGAAGAAAAAAAAUAAUGGAUAAAACAAAAGUUAAUUUUCGCGUUAAAGUUGAUCUCUCCAAGUUUUUUCAAGAUAUUCGUAAAAUCAGUUGGAUUUUUGUCGACACAUCAAGGACAUCAUGCAUCAAACAAUUGAAAGAUCACAUUGCAAAAGUCUUCGAUAUUCAGGAAUCUUUUUAUCUUUCAUGCGAAUCAACGUAUCUACCAUGCAAGGAAGACGUUCGCAUUGUACAAUAUGAUAAUCUCAUAACCCUUAUGCCCGGAACCUCUGUAGUAAAUAAUGAUAACAAUUCAGUCAGCACCUUCGAUGAGAAAGAAGUACAAACAGAUAAUUCAAACGAAGAUGCCAACAUGACCGUUCUCUCUGGAAAUACAAUACCAGGGACAACGACAAACAAUACAAUGUAUCAUAGUCUUCUAGAAGAAUCAGAAGCCGGUAGUCCGGCGGAAUCAAAAGAAACUGACAGUAUGAUGACAGAAGAUUACAGUUUCGAUACAGCAACACCAGCAAAAAGAAAACGAUCACGACGAAAGAGAAUCAAGAGACUCGACACUUCAACAUCAAAAAUUGACAAAACUCCAUUGGAGGAUAAACGAAAACCAAAAAUCAUCGACCAAAUUGUAUUAGGUAGUGGUAAACACAUUCGUUUCAGUAAUCAAGACGAAGAAAUUAAAUCACCAAUUAAUAAUGUUUCAAAUACAGCAGAAUUUCAAAAUAAAUGCAUCGAAUCUCCGAUUAGUAAAACAUCAUCAUCAAACAGUUUGGAUGCUCUCCUAAGUUUAAAACAAUGUUCAACACCCCUGACAUUUUCAUGUGCGAAAGUUAAUAAACAAGUUAUGAAACCCUCAAAAAUGGUUUCUGUUAUUAAUGAAGAUGUCGAAAAUCUUACGGAAUCUGACAGAAACAUUGUGACGCAAAUUGAAAAGAGUUUUGAUGUUAAUUUCGAAAAUGUUGAUGUGGAAAAAUGUCCACCUUUACUGAAAGGUGCACAAGUGAGGGAUAUUAUUGCUUUCAAGAUGUUCAAAAUGGGAGAGAACUACACACCGCAAAUUUCGAACUUUAUCUUCGGAAGAGUCGUCGAUUCGCAUCCGAUUACAAAACAGUACACGAUUCAAAUUUUACGUGGCCUAGAAGAAAUCGAAGAGCCGAAAGGAAAACUAACCCUUCCCACAGAUGAAGAAGAAACACAAUCUGAUAUAAUCAAAGUUUACGAAAAUCAACUUUUAGAAACAAGAUUAAUAUCUAGAAAGGAGUAAUUCGUUACGUUUAUCAUUUUAUUAACAAGACUUCCGCAUUUAUCGACAAAUUAUUUUCUUUUUGUUUGUUAUUAGUUCAUUUUAAAUGUGUUAAAAGAAAUAUAUAUAUUAUUAUGACGACGAAAUCAUCACGAUUUAUCUUAAUUCCAAGAAAGAAUCGGACAAACACAUUCAAAGUUUGCACUUUUUCUUUUGAGAAAAACACUCGAAAAAAUUUCCAAACUAAAAAUUUUUAAUUUAAAUAAAAUAAGCAAAGAAAAAAAG